AGUAUUUAUAUCUAUUUAUUCCCUACCCAAAAUAGAAAAACUACCGAGAGAGUCUUGGAGGAAGAGCAAGGCAGAUACAGAGAGAAGAAAUAUAGCCCUCCUCCUGAAGAUGGGGAAGACGAGAGAUAUCGAUGAUCUACCAAAAAACCCAGCAAACUACACGUCUUUGACCCCACUAUGGUUCCUGGAGAGAGCUGCCACUGUACACCCUACAAGAACAUCUAUUGUCCAUGAAUCAGUACAGUACACGUGGCAAGAAACUUACCAACGUUGCCGCCGAUUUGCUUCUGCUCUGUCCAACCGCUCUCUUGGCCUUGGUAGCAUGGUGGCUGUAAUUGCACCUAAUGUCCCUGCUUUAUAUGAAGCACAUUUUGGAGUUCCAAUGGCAGGAGCUGUUGUAAACUGCGUUAAUAUUCGUCUAAAUGCUCAAGCUAUUGCUUUUCUUCUAGGUCAUUCAAAAUCUGAAGUUGUGAUGGUGGACCAAGAGUUUUUCACUCUGGUGGAGGAAGCUUUAAAAAUCUGGGAAGGUAACGAAAAGAAUUUUAAACCUCCACUAUUGGUUGUCAUAGGUGAUAAAAGCUGCGAUCCAAAGUCUCUGGAAUAUGCUUUAGGAAGAGGAGCCAUUGAAUAUGAGAAGUUCCUUGAAAGUGGAGACCCUGAGUUUGAUUGGAAACCACCUGAGGAUGAGUGGCAGAGCAUUGCCUUGGGUUAUACUUCUGGUACAACUUCCAGCCCCAAAGGAGUGGUGCUGAGCCACCGUGGAGCAUAUCUCAUGUGCUUGAGCAAUCCUAUUAUUUGGGGGAUGGAUGAAGGGGCUAUUUAUCUGUGGACUCUGCCGAUGUUCCAUUGCAAUGGUUGGUGUUUUACUUGGACACUUGCAGCCCUUUGUGUGAAAAGUAUAUGCCUUCGACAGGUAACAGCUAAGGCAAUCUAUUCAGCCAUAGCAUAUGCCGGCGUCAGUCACUUCUGUGCUGCACCUGUGGUUCUUAACACCAUAAUCAAUGCUUCAAAGGAGGAGACUAUCCUUCCUCUACCCCGUUUGGUGCACGUAAUGACAGCUGGUGCUGCCCCUCCCCCUUCUGUACUCUUCUCUAUGUCAGAAAAAGGCUUCCGCGUGACACACACCUAUGGACUCUCAGAAACUUAUGGCCCCUCCACAGUGUGUGCAUGGAAGCCUGAGUGGGACUCGCUUCCCCCAAUAAAACAAGCCCGUCUCAAUGCUCGCCAAGGUGUUCGAUAUGUUGGCUUGGAGAGGCUAGAUGUUGUUGACACUAAAACCAUGAAACCUGUCCCUGCAGAUGGAAAAACCAUGGGAGAAAUCGUGAUGAGAGGCAAUGUUGUGAUGAAGGGCUACUUAAAGAACCCAAAAGCCAACGAGGAAGCUUUUGCAAAUGGAUGGUUUCAUUCCGGGGAUCUUGGUGUAAAGAAUCCCGAUGGAUAUAUAGAAAUUAAGGAUAGAUCAAAGGACAUUAUCAUCUCUGGAGGUGAAAACAUAAGUAGCUUGGAGGUGGAAAACGUAUUGUACAUGCACCCAGCUAUCUAUGAGGUAUCGGUGGUGGCUCGACUACAUGAGCGCUGGGGCGAGUCACCGUGUGCUUUUGUGACUUUGAAACCUGAAAUGGAAAAAUCUGAUAAACAACAAUUGAUUGAUGAUAUAAUGAAGUUUUCUCGGUCAAAUAUGCCUGCUUACUGGGUUCCAAGAUCAAUAGUGUUCGGGCCUCUGCCAAAAACAGCUACAGGGAAGAUUCAGAAACAUGUCCUCAGGGCCAAGGCAAGAGAGAUGGGACCUAUCAAGGAGAGUAAGUUAUAGCUAAUAUUCUGGUGCAAAAGACUUCUGGCUGUUGAAAAUGUUAUCUCGUGCCAUGGUAAUAAAGCUAGUGCUUGAAAAGCCUACUAGAAAUAAAUUCUUGGACUCCUCUUUUUAGAUGAAUAUACCCAUCUUGGAUAGAGCGGAGCCCUCAAAUGUGUUAUGACUAUUUUUGCACUUCAAGAUAGUAGGAUCCCUGGGGGGGUUUCAGACUUUCAAUGUUUCCAUGUGUAGAGUAGUAACUAGAAUUGUUGUAUAUUGUUUCAAUUCUACUUUGUUUUUGUU